AUGAUUCCCCCUGAGCUCAUCUCCAAAGAGGUCCAGGAUCUGCAGGCUCCACCAGGUGAGGGGUCCAUAGACCAGGUCACCCCACCCCCAACUCCUCCAGAAAACACCUUCCAUGGGGCACUUAAGGACAUUGGAGCUUCGGAACCUCUACAGGGCAUACAGGUCAAGGAUCUGCGGGGGACGGAACUGUCAGGUCCAUCGGGUGAGGAGUCCUUCCACCAGGUCACCCCACUCCCAUCAUCUCCAGGAAGCACCCUCCAUGUAGAAUCAGAGGAUGUUGGAGCUCCACGACCUCUAUGUUCUAAAGAGGUGUCAGAAGAAUUUGGGAAUUUGGCUCCACCACAAGGCAAGGAAGCUGAAGAGAGGACUUCUCCAACCCGACCCCCAACCCCUCCUCUGUCGUCCUCCUCCCCUCCCACCCCAGAAUCAGAGGGUGACCUCUCAAUUCCGCAGGGUGCACCGUUCAGACCAGGGGACCUUCUGCUGGCGGAGUACAAGAGGAAGCACUACUCUGUGUUCAGGAAGAUGUUCCUCCUGAAACCUCACGGCAAAUUCAUCAGCAGCUGGGGGCCAUCAACAACCAGGACAUAUUGGGCAAACUGUCAGGACAGAGGCUCCGGACCUCUACUGGACACAAGAUCCUACUGAGGAGACCCUCAUUGGAGGAAUAUGUCAUCUUCAUGAAGAGGGGGCCCGCUAUUUCCUUUCCAAAGGACAUGGCAGCCAUGAUGAUGGUGAUGGACGUCAGUCCCGGGGACGUUGUACUCGAAGCCGGUUCUGGUUCCGGAGCGUUCAGUUUGUUUUUGUCCCGUGCAGUGGGCUCAGACGGCGCCGUGUUCAGCUUCGAAGUGCGUGACGACCACCAUGAAGUCUCCAAGAGGAACUUCCUGAACUGGAGGAAGGCGUGGAAGAUUCGGAACGGUCGGACGUGGCCGGAAAAUGUGCAAUUCAUCAACAAGAGCAUCACAGACGCCACGCCCGACAUCCAAUCUGUGGCCUUCGAUGCUGCUGUUCUGGACAUGCUGAACCCACAAGUGGCCCUUCCGGUAAUAAUGGGGAACCUGAAGCAGGGAGCCGUGUGUGCCGUGUACAUCACAAACAUCACGCAGGUCGUUGACCUCCUGGAGGGAAUUAGGACCUGCAAGCUUCCCCUGAUGUGUGAAAAGAUUAUAGAGGUCAGUGUCACGGACUGGUUGGUGGCGCCAUCUGUACGCAAAGAUGGCAGACUUUCCAAGAGGGUGGAGCCUCAAACACUGGAACGGCUUGAUCAAGAGGAAGAAGAGGAUGAUGAUGAAGCAGAUGAGGGCGAUGAAUGGCAAGCUGGAUCGGAGGCAUUUGGACAAGUGCCUUACAUUGCUCGGCCUCUUCCUUGGCAAACAGGACACACGGCCUUUCUUGUGCACCUGAGGAAAUGUAAUCCGGCGCCACCGAUGGAUCCGGAAGAUUCCAGCUGA